AUGGGUUGCAAAAGGUACAAUGAACGGUUCACAAUUAGUUCAACGUGUUCCAGUUGCUGGGAAGAGGAUGUGGGAGACUCGAGUUCGAGACCUCUAGAAGAUACCACAUACAUGAAUGUCAUCAGAGUUACUUGUGAUUCUCCAAAAUUUGAGAAUAGACUAGUACUAGCUAAUGGUGAGGAAUGGAACAGAAACAUCAAAUGUCCUCGAAAAGGCGGUCGGAGGCGAACUGUUGAUUGCAAGUCAAUCCUUGUGGAUCAAUCAGGCCAUGGGAAUUUUUCCAGCAUCCAAUCCGCUAUCGAUUCCGUCCAACCAUACAAUAAGUACUGGACUUGUAUUUAUAUCAAGGCCGGUACAUAUAGAGAGAAGGUUCAAAUCCCAUUUGAUAAGCCAUAUAUUUCUCUCAAAGGAGAAGGGAAGAAGCUCACUAAGAUUGUUUGGGAUGGUCAUGAAUCUCUUGGACAAAGCGCUACGUUCGCCUCGUUUGCAGAUAACAUUGUCGUAAGAAGAAUCAGUAUGGUGAACUCAUACAACAGUCCAGGUAGCAACAACCCUAGAGCACCAGCUGUGGCGGCCUUGAUUGCCGGCGACAAGUCCUCGUUCUAUGGAUGUGGCUUCUCCGGUUUACAAGACACGCUGUGGGACGUUCAAGGUCGACAUUACUUCAAGAAAUGCUCAAUCCAUGGCGCUGUUGAUUUUAUCUUCGGCAAUGGCCAGUCAAUUUAUGAGAGAUGCAGGAUACAAGUACUUGGAAACGAGCUGCAGAUGGGACUCCCCGGUUAUAUCACAGCACAGGGAAGAACGGACCCAAACGAUGCGGAUGGGUUUGUGUUCAAAGAAUGUGAAAUUAUUGGGAGUGGAUCGGCCUACUUGGGGAGGGCAUGGAGAGAAUAUGCAAGGGUCUUAUUCUACAAUUCUAAUUUCACUAAUGUUAUACAGCCUCAGGGUUGGGAUGCUUGGAAUUUUGCUGGUCAUGAGGACCAGCUUACCUUCGUAGAGUACGGCAACUUCGGACCUGGAUCUGCAAGUUUUGAUAGAGUGAAAUGGUUAAAAAGGCUGGACUGGAAUGCAAUGAUUCAAUUGAUUAGCAUUACUUUCAUUGAUAAUGAAAACUGGGUUGUUAACCAACCAUCCUAA